GGAGGAGAAGGAGGAGGAGGAGGAGGAAGCGGAGGAGGACGAGGGGGGAAAAGAACCAGGAUGCCGCCGACGCCAGACGUCGGCCUGCCCUCGUCACCGCAAGAGGACGAAAGCAGGGAGCAGCGCUCUGGCACGCGCCAGGCUGCGGGCCGCUGCGCCAAGCCGCGCUGCACAGAUCGCAGCCCUGCGAGCCGAAGCUCCUCCGUGCCUCCUGCGAGCAGCACUGGCGCCUCCGCUCGCAGGGCCGCCCGCGGCCACGGCAAAAGGUGGGGCCGCGGGCGCCCGAGCCCGUCCCGAGACGCGCGCGAGAGCGCCGCGCGGUGCCAGGGGGGUGCCCCGCACUCGCCACAGGCAGGGCGGCCGCCGAGCUCGCGCAGUGGCAGCGUGUCAGCGGCGCCGGUGACCGCGUCGAGGCCCCCGCGGGCCGGGAGGGGGGAGCGAAGGCAGGAGGCCCGUGCGCGGGGCGCCCUGCCCGGUCUUGGGCGGCGCGCCGCGGGAGCGGGAG